AUGGAAGCUCCAUCAGAGGCACAAUUACCAAGAAAAACCGGAGGCUGGAUCACCUUCCCCUUCAUCACAGGUCUCUCCUCUUCUCUCUCUCUUCCGGUAGACCUGAACCUUGUUCCUACACGAUUUGAUCAGGCAUUUCAAUUUUUUAACAACGUGAAAAAAUCAAAAGCUAUGUGCUAUGAUGCUAUUCAUGUUACCUUGUUUGUUGCACAUAGACUAAAUAUUUGUUACAGUAAUAUAGCUUGCGAAUUUGAUGUGGAGAGUAUUGAUGCUGUUCAAAUAGCAAAUUUGGUUAAUGGUGCUGGAAGCUUAACUCCUGUCCUUGCUGCAAUUAUUGCUGACUCUUUUCUUGGUUGCUUCUCUACCAUUUGGAUUUCAUCCAUCAUCUCAUUAUUGGGCACACUCCUUUUAGCUCUAACAGCUACAGUUGAUUCUUUAAGGCCUAAACCUUGUGAAGUUGGUUCAACCUCAUGUACCCCUAAACCAAAAGUUCAAUAUGUAGUACUCUAUGCAGCCAUUUUUCUAGCAACAUUGGGUAGUGGUGGUACCCGAUCAACCCUUUCGACGAUUGGAGCGGAUCAACUAGCUGAUAAACCAAAAGAUCAAGGGAUUUUCUUCAAUUGGUUCUUCUUCUUUUGGUAUUCUGCUUCUGUUAUAGCAUCAACAGCUAUUGUGUAUGUUGAAGAUAACGUAAGCUGGAAAGCUGGAUUUUUCAUUUGUGUAGCAGCUAAUGUACUUGGAUCAGCCAUUUUCCUAAUGGGAAGCAGAUUUUACGCUCACUUUAAGCCAAAAGGGAGUCCAUUCACCAGUUUGGCUCGUGUUAUUGUUGCUAGUAUUAGGAAAAGACAAGUUGCACUUCCAUCGACUGCUGAGGAUUUCUUCCAGGGAUGUAAUGUAGUACCUAAAGAAGCAUUAGCUGUUGUACCUUCCAUGACCUUCAGGUAA